CGCAGAGCCAAUUCCUCUACCUCUAGAAGACCGCAAGUUCACCAUUGCUUCCGGACUAUUCGAAGUCCAUCAACAGUUACUGAAAGCACAUAUCAACCGAUUACUUCUGCACCAAAAAUGUACCUCAUCAAAUCGAUCGUGGAAUGCAUCUGGGGACCAUCGGCCAACGUCCACCAAACCGAUGCGCGCACUUCCGCUGUUGCGUCCGACAUUGUCAACAUCCUUCUGACUGGUGAAACUCACGAGGCCAUUCAAAAAAGAUUUAAAGAACAAGUCGAUACCAACGGGUGGAGCGAGUCCAUCGCCCAAGCUAUCCUCCACGGCCUCAACGACGCUAUCAAAGCUGGAGCGGAAAUGGCCGGCCCUGCCGCCGACGCUCUGAUGAAGGCCAAAGAAGCCGCAGUGGAAUUUGCCAAGGAGCACCCAGUAAUUGCAAUGCUUCUUGCCUUCGGGGUGCUGGCCAUUUUAGCACCGUGGGUGCUCGAAGCCUUGGGAUUCGGGGAGUUGGGACCAAUUGCAGGGUCUUUUGCGGCGAGAUGGCAAACGACAUAUUCUGGCUAUGUGCCUCGUGGUGCACUUUUUACAUAUUUCCAGCGUCUAGGAAUGAAGUGGCAUUGGGUGGGUUAAGUGUCUCUUCGCCAAGCGCCGUUGUGCUAAUGAACGGAAACUCAGGUGGCCCAAAUAAUUAGUAUUAUGCCAUUAUUGGGACUGGGGUUAGUACGAGUCAAGUCGAAGCUGUAGUUAGUGUCAAUGAAUGCGAAAUGCGUUGC